AUGUCCAUUACUCCAAAUGAUCAAUCGUCUCGGAGCAGACAAAACUCCACCUUGAUCAACAAAUCCGUUGAGCCUACUACGGUGGUAUCGCUGGGCGGGGCCUCGCACACUGCGUUAUCCCCCACCACCUCCGUUUCUCAGCAUUCGCUAUCACACCACAAUACCACCACCACCCCGGUGCCAGCUCCAGGGUCUCCAUACCUACUGAGGAAACUGUCAUAUGCAUCACCAACCGCCAGCUACGUAUCUGCGGAUCCGUUAUCUCCUCACGGAGAUGAUAAAGAUUUGAGACAUAACAUCUUUGGCAAAGUAACUGGUUUACUUCAAAAGUCGUUAUUGUCGUCUGGUGACAGCCGUUCUAUCAUUUCGUCGACCGAGUAUGACUGUGAGCCCAAGAAAGAUGUGACACAUAAGAUUUCUGACUCCACUUUAAAGUUGGACACUUUUCCUAAAGUCCCAAUGAAAGGGUCUAUGGUAUCUUUGUCAUCUUCAAGAAGGCCCCUGCUGAAAGCAUUUCUCUCGUUGCCUAUGUCACGGACAGACUCACCUGUUAAGGAAACAAACCGGGUAUUCUUGGAAUACGAUCCGUUCAGUAAACGGAAAGUGUUGAACACAUACGAAAUCUUAGGAGAAAUCGGCCGGGGAGAGCAUGGGAAAGUCAAGUUGGCCAAAGAUCUCGUCAAUAAGGAUUUGGUGGCUAUUAAAAUUGUCAAUAGGAAGAGUAAGAAGGAACGGCCGCAACUUCGGAUGAGGAAGUCAGCUAGAACCAAUAUUGAAAACGAAUACGAGUUGAAAAUCAAGAGAGAGAUUGCCAUCAUGAAGAAAUGUAAUCACAAACAUAUCGUUCAGUUGAAAGAGGUUCUUGAUGAUAUUAAUACCCACAAGAUAUAUAUGGUGUUGGAGUAUUUGGAGAAAGGUGAAGUUAAAUGGAAAAGAACUACCAAAAACUCAUCAAGAGAUUUCGACUCCCCAGAAAUUCCCUGUGGAGGCAGUGGCCACAAAUACGAUCUUGAGACCGACCUAUUGUCCAAUGAUUAUGCUCCAAAUCUCACGUUCAGACAAUCCAGGAAAGUAUUUAGAGACGUUUUGUUAGGUCUCGAGUACUUGCAUUUACAAGGUAUUGUCCACCGGGAUAUCAAACCUGCCAAUUUAUUGGUCAGCUCUGAGAAUACCGUGAAAAUCAGUGAUUUCGGAGUUUCAUUUGCAUCCUCACUAGACGAAGCUGAUGAAGGUUUAAUCAAUGAAUUGGAAUUGGCGAAAACCGCUGGAACUCCUGCUUUUUUUGCACCUGAGUUGUGCCAGACUAAUUUUUCAAGCUCUAGAAAUACUUCAAGAGAAUCUUCAUUUUCGCAUUCCAGGAAAGAUUCAAAGUCCAACUCUUCUUCAUCACUAGAGGUGCUCAGGAACGAACUCACAUUGACCAAAGUACUACCCAAGAUCGAUUACAAGAUCGAUAUCUGGGCUUUAGGUGUGACUUUCUACUGCUUAUUGUUUGGAAGAUUACCGUUUAAUGCUGAAUCUGAAUAUGAGUUAUUUCAAGUAAUUGUCAAUCAACAAUUGGAGUUUCCAAAAGAUAAGGAUUCGUUCAAUUGUCCUGUCCCUAUUACCGAUUCGGAAUUCGAUUUGGCCAAGGACAUAUUAUCGAAAAUGCUCAGUAAGAAUUCGUCUAAAAGAAUUGAAAUUAAGGAUAUCAAAGAGCACCCGUUUAUCUUAUUGGACUUGGACAAUGAUUUGGAAGCUUUGAAUGAAUUAUUGUAUCUCAACAAUCCAGAUUCAAAUAACAAUUUCUUAUCCAGCAUAGACCUUCAGGCUAUGAGCAAUCAAGAAGAUGUGACGACAGAGGAUUUGGACAAUGCUAUCAUUGGAAUUGGCUCCAGAAUCAAGAAAAGUAUAGUCCGGGCCAUAACCUCAGGCACAAGGGAUCACGAAAUAAGAAAGAGGUUCCUCUCCGGUAUGGAAAAUUCCUCCAGCUUCAAUUCAUCAAGUGAUGAGUCGACUCCAAUGUCACCAGCACAAUUGCAACAAAGACUUGUUGGAGAUCACUCGGUAAUCUUAUCUGAAUCACAACAGUACCAUCAAUCAUCGGCUUUAUCAAGAUCUCAAACCGAAGCUAUUCAUUCCAAUACCUCUCACAGUUCUACAGUGAACCCGUCAACCCUUCCUACCCAAGCUACCCCCUCAAGAAGUUCUUCUUAUACCCUUGCUGGUAUCAAGGAUGGAAGAUUUCUGAACCCAAUUCUAAACGAUGUAAUCGAAGCCAAUAAGUCAGAUGCUUCUAGCAGAAGAGGCAGCGCGAGUGCAGGAGGUGCUAAUGAGGUUGAAACCAAGAGAAAUGUGGUGGGAGAUUUGUACUUCAGAAACCAAUCGGUAGUUGAAACCUUCAAAGGUAUUCAAGAGAUGGAUGACAAAAGACGAAGGUCAAGUGCAUUUUCUGCGUCUAUUGCUUCUUCAAAUCCUCCCACCGCUAAAAACUCUGUUUCUUCUCACCCAAGCUUGACCCAUGAAAUUUCACCGUCUCAACCAAUGAACAUACCAGGAGCCCAUGUUCAAAUAAUUGUAAGGCCUAUUGGAGAUGCAAACGAGCACCGAGCAUCAUCCGUGAUGUCUUUGCCAUUAACCGAAAGUUUUGCAUCCUUGGAUAGCAUCAACGACGAAUACUUGACUCGUAAAUACAAAGAGUUUACCAAGAAGAAAGAGCUCGAGAAAAGUAAGGAGGUAGAAGAUACCGAAUCUACAACAGAUACUCUUAACGAGAAGUUCCAGAAUUUCAACAUUAAUAACCUGAUGAAUUCGUAUGGAAUCUCGUUCAAUUUUGCAAAGAGAGAUAACAAGUUGGAUGAGAUAGCUCCAAAAACCAUCGUGAACAGCCGGCCUGAAAACAGUAGUGAUACCGGAAGCGAGGAUGAUAGUGGCAGCGAGAGUGAAGAAGACGGGGACUUGACCUUGGCCUUCACUUCCAGAGUGACGCCAUCGAAGCCAAAGUUUCUUUCGUUAGACCAAAGAGCCAAGUCUCAUGACUCUUCACUUCCAGGACUUAAUCGGGCCAAGCCGACAAAACGAGUUAUACAGAUGCCUGUGGUGUUUCCACAUGAUCAUAAUACUUUGGAGGACGUUCCUGCCGGGUUGAUGGCAAGAGUACCAAGACCUAGUGUAUCAAUUGUACCUAUAGAUAAGUCGUCGGUGUCUUCAGAUCCGAGUCCAGUGCAAAUCAUUGAACCAGCUCCAUCGAAUUCAAUAAAGUUUUCUCCCAGAGUGGAACAAAACGAACAACUUCUUUCUGCUACUCAAAGAGUUCACAACAGAAAAUCUGAUGAACAUGAACGACGUCCUUCUCCGUUGAUCAAUAAUGCUCCAUUCAGUGCCAACGCUACUACUAACUCACACUUGUAUGCUUUCCCAAGGGUGAAUGAUUCAAACGAACCUCCAGUGUUUGGAAAAAGGCAUGAUGAACGAUUCAACAAUCACUAUAAGAAAGAACCCAUCAGUUCGCCUUUCCCCAAUGCCAUUCACAACGAUCUGGAUCGAGAAAGCAAACAUAAAUCUGUUCAGAGAGAAGAGAACCAAACUCAAAGCCUGAAUGCAAAUAGACCUGAUUAUUAUAGGUCCAACUCCAUCACCAUUGGUUUGUUGCAGCAUGAUGAACCAGGUUCGGGUUGAACUUUGGUACUCAAAAUAGGCCAAUACGAACAUAUAAUACAUAUAUAAGCGUUGUAUUUUUUCGUUUUUACGUUAUAUUUAUAAAAUUAACCCAUUCACUAUAACCAUGAUUUCCAAUAAUAAAAUACCCAGUAAUACCCAUAUGCAAAUACCAAGUUCGAUAAGAAUAUUUUUUUUUCUUUUUCUUAAAAUGUAGUAGCAAACUCACAAUCAUUUCAAUUUCCUGCGAAGUCAAGCUUUCUCUUUAAAACGGAUAACCUGUUUCCAAUGCUGACAACAAACUUCUCAAUCAUUUGUUUGUCUUCUGUAUCCAACUUAUUGGAGCUUUCCAAAUCAUCAUCUAACAAAGCUUCCAACAUCCAAAUAGCAGUGGAGUAUGCUAAUUCGCAACCUUUCAAGUCCUCCUUCACUAAUUCAUUGACAGCAGCGUUUCUCAGCAUUUCUAAUGCUCUGUCAAAAAUCAACUUUUCUGCCACAGCUUUAUUACCAGAUACAGACAAGUUGGAUACCAUACUAGUCAAGUUGGAAUCAGAUCCUUGCUCACCAGACUCUGAUUCCAAUAUCGAAUCAACUUCUUGCAAUCUUAAUUUAAUAAACUCUGCCUUCUCCAAACUCUCAUUGAAUUUUUCUCUGAUCCACUGGACUAAUUCAUUGAUCCUAACAGAUAUAUUGAUAUUUGAGUUCAAGCUAGGAGUUGGACUAGGGCUUGACCCAUGGCUUCUUGUGUUGAUUUGAGAAUCACUGUUGCUGCGCUCAACCUCAACUUGACUAUACCACCAUUCACUUGCAAUAGUCAUUCCCUUUGCUAAGAGGGACAAAGUCUUCACGUACAAGACAACUCCUUCCUCACUGAUGGUUUUAAUCAUCUUUGGUGGCAAUAUAUCGUUCUGAUGGAGUAAAUCAUCAUCCAAAUCAUCGUCAUUAGAAGGUGGUGAAGGAAUCAAUUGAGUGAAUUUCACAUCAGCAAACAAAUUUAUUGCAUGAGCCUUUGUAGCUAAUGAUUCCAAUCUGAGUAACACAACUUCAUCAGCGGACAAGCUUUGAAUUUGACUGAUUCCUUGUCCUUGAGCUUGAAGUGAACUAGAAGUUGGCAAGUUAAAUUUAUGUGACAACAACUGGUUCGUGAAGUUUGGGCUAGUAAAGAAAGCUGAACUUUCCCCGAAACCACUAGCAGCCCCAUCUAACAAUAUUUUCCUGUUCGCUUCCUCCAGGAUUUGGUUGUUAUAACCGAAUAAUCUAUUGGAGGCCAAACCAAUAGCUUUGCUCAAAGCAUUGGAAGGAGAAAUCGAGAUUGAAAUCCUUCUAUCACUAAGACUAGGUCUUCUUUGACUAGUUCCAGAGUUGCUUCUGGUUGAAUAUUUUUUAAAAUGAGGAGAAGCAUACUUCAAGGAAUUGUUUUCACCUGAUCCACCGCUUGAGGUUGAAGAAGACCGACGAAUAGCAACUGCACCACUUCCAGCUUGGGCCAACUCAUCAGCGAUUGCGUUGACUUCAACUGCUCUCUUUUCAACAACAACAUAAUCCUUUUCCAAAAGAGCACUAUCAUUCUUGAUUAGAGAGUCAUGGAAUUUAUUGGAA